GAUUCAUUCUAAAUGUGCUUAUAUGUUUAACCGCUUCAAUAACUCUCGAUAAUUUGAAAUUAUUAAUUAAACAACAUGACCUCGAAUCAAUUUUGUCGCUUCGUAUUUAUCAAAUUUCUAAAUACCCACCGAUCACACGAGCUCAAUUUGAGGAGUGGAAUCGGUUAUGGCCAAUUAAUUUUCGCGAAGAUCCUAGGAGAGAUUCUAGAUUUUCUCCCAAAGAAAUAGAGAUGUUAAGAAAUCACAUGAUCAACGCAAUUAAGUUAGCAGAUAUUGCAAGAUCUAAAGGAGAGAUACCGGUAGGUUGUGUAAUAGUAGAUCCGAAAAGAACAGAAAUAAUAUGCGAGUCACAUGACACAAGAACGUCUUCAAAUCAUCCGCUUAAGCAUGCUGUUUUAAAUUGUAUAAAUAAAGUAGCGUUGUUCGAGAAAGCAAAAUUGAAGUCCAUGAGUGACUCUUUGACAUCCAAAAAACGAAAAGCUGAUAAAUUGGAUGACCAGUUAGCCUCUUCAAAUUGUACACCUCCAGGGUCAAGCUUGAACACCCUCGAAGAUAGAGAAAAUAGUGCGGGUGUUUAUUUAUGUAAAGGAUAUGACAUAUUCGUAACCCAUGAACCUUGUAUCACAUGUUCAAUGGCUCUUGUACAUUCACGAAUUGGUCGCGUAUUCUAUGGACGGUCUAAUACUGUAUCGGGUGGUUUAGGAUCAUGCUACAAAAUUCAUACUCACCACGCUUUAAAUCAUCACUUCAAAACAUUUAAUGGAUUCUUGGAAGAUCAAAUUGAAAUACUCAUGAUUGAUUGUUAA